AUGCAAAGGUUGCCAAUCCCCCCUCCGCGCAGAAGAACUCCUUCUCCACCUAUAGGCUUGGCUCGUAGGCCAUACGAUAGUUACGUGCCUACGCGAUCCGAUGUCCCCUUCCGCGAUUCCAUGUCAAACGUCUAUAGGCCAAAUAGUUAUCGUCCUGGGGAUUAUUCUUCUGCAAAUUAUUACAGUCGCUCUCCAAGUCCUGAUGCAUAUGGCCACGCAAACUCGUCUCGAAUAUCUGAGCCUGAACCCUGGGACCGCGGAUCCGGAUGGCGCUCUGUGCCGGAGGCGCAUAAUAUGUGGCCCGAACGAAAAAUUAUUCCGGCAUCUCCUACCAAUAUCACAGGAAGGCCACUUAGAGAUGAGUCCACUAGACUCUUUGAACCCUCUGAUUCUUGGAAGCAAUCUCACAACGAGCGUUCUUCGCGAAGUCACCCUUCGCCACCAUCUGAUCGGUAUUUUGACCGUCGAAAUAGGAAUAGUAUGGAUGUUUCUCCUGAAAGGUCUAUGAGAAACGACAGGUCCGCUCCAUUUAUCUCUGGUGGUGACCGAUAUAGGCCUGUUCCUAAUAAGCGAGAGACCUUUCCUCCUGGGCGUUCUGAUUAUGAUUCUUACCGCCCAACAUAUGAAAAGUACGAUGGCUGGACUCCUCCUUUCCGUCGAGAGCCUAUAAGUCCUGUGGGAAGCCAUAAUCGAAGGGACUCUGGUUCUGUGCAUGCUCGAUCUUCUGACCGUUAUGACUCGCCCUUUUCAAGUCGUGCUGUAUCUCGAAGGACCUCACCUUCUCCGCGAACUGUUAUUUCCCCAACUCCCCCUCCUCAUUCGAACCCCAAUAGCAUUCCUCUGGAAGUAGAUACCGAGCCUUGGACUCCACAUCUUCAACCACCUGUGAGAGGUGAAGUUCCGACAAGAGCCCCUUCACGCUCUUCAAUUGCUUCUACGCAGGUUUCAGAUCACAGAAGUUCGCCAGCUCCUGUUGUUACUCCCCCGAUCAUUGCUGCUCAGACGUCAUUUGGAUCAGAAACUUCGAAAAACAGACCGCCUUUUGUGGGUGAGAAAAUCUUAGGCAUACAAGCCGAAGCGAAACCUGAUCCGAAGGGCCCUCAGAAUGCUAUUUCUGAGCCAUCUCGGGUACCUCCUACCGCCGAAGCAAAGCCGGUACCAAGGCUUGUGUCUCCUACUGUACAGAAAUCUACAGCGAGUGUGCCUACAAUACCGCAAUCAAAUGACGUUACUACGAUCAAACCCAGUUUGAGUAUUACACAUUCACCUAGGCAGGAACCGACUACGAUCACGGCGAGGAUCGUCGAGAAGGAUGCUGUCACCCCUGCAAAUCAUCCAAAGCCUGUGACAAAUGGUGUUACUGCUCCUUCUCACAUCGCCUCACCAUCACCUCCUCAUGCCGUCGAGAAAACACCACCCGCUGUUUCCGUCCCUCUUAGUCCUGUCAUUCCAGAAGCGCUUCAUUCCCCUACAACCGACUUUCCGGACAUCGAGCAACCUGAACCUUCAUACAUACAUAGUCCAGUUUUGAGUCCUCUCAUCAGCCCUGCAGACAUCCAUAUUCCAUCGCCGAUACAUUCCCCGAUUCUCUCAGAGCCUGCAGCUAUCGAAGGGCCUCAUUCUCCAGUGAUUCAAAAAAUAAUUCCAAGGCCUGAUGAAAUUCCCCCAAUCACUGAAGCUAAAUCCAAGGAGGAGGCGUUCCGUAUUGUGGUCAUGACACGUUUGCUCCUUGACCACCAGACGAGAGAAGAACGAGUUGCGCCUGUGCUCGCUGCCAAUCUGGCGAUUGCGAACCCUCCGGAAGCGCAUCCUGUAGCUACUCCUGAAUCACUGCUUGAAUGGGCGAACAAUGGACAAAUGCGUCAAGAUCAAUUAAAGUCCUUUGUUCUCACAAGGCCGCGUCUGGUACAAUACUUGCAGCAGAGGAAUUCUGUAGUUGAGGACAAGAUCACGCGUUUGAAAUCCAAGUACGUUGAACUGCAGGAAAGCUGGCUCGCCCACUGUCAUGCGUUGAAUGAGCAACAGAAGACAUUGGCGUCAGAGCAUGAGAGUCAGCACGGCGGGCGGACGACGCGUCGGUCCACAGCUGAUGCUGUGCGUUCUGAUUUUGAGAUGGAGCAGAUCAUUGCUAGUCUGGGUGUGGAUGAGGCAACUGACCCAACCCAUCUGUCGAUGCGGAACGUGGCGACAAUACCGGAUAUGAUUUCGGUCACUCAGGGUAAAGUAGACUAUCUUUUCGACGACUCAUCGCACUUGGUAGAGAACCCAAGCGAGUACUAUGCGCCUCAUACUGGGAUCCACGACUGGACAGAUGAAGAAAAGCAGAUUUUCUUGGACAAGUUUGCGGCGCAUCCCAAGCAGUUUGGGAUUAUCGCCGACUACAUCCCCAACAAGACCGCCGCGCAAUGUGUUGAUUUUUAUUACCUUCACAAGAAGCAAAAGAUCGACUUUCGCAAGGUCGUUUCGUUGUUCGCGCCGAACAAGAGAAAGCGAAGAGGGAUGGGCAGGAAAAAGGGAAAUGGACUUUUGGUGGAUAUUGCAAAGCACGACAUGGAGGUCAACCGUGGAAAUGUGGCGGCUGCAGUCGCGGCUGCGACGCCUUCCGUUUCUACACGUGCUCCGAGAGGAAGGAGGCCUGCCGUCCAGCCCACCGAAGGAAGAAAAUCGACUCGACGGAGUGCCGUUCAAUUCGAGGAUACGCCUACGAGUACACCGACCCCUGAACCAGAAUCCAGGACCAGAAGACGAAGGGGCGCGAAUGCUGCAUCGAGUACGAGCGCUAGCGCGCCCACAUCGGCAAUUGCCUCUAAUGUAUCGACCAUACCGGUUCCAACACCUGCGUCAACCGCCGCGCCCACACCUCGAUCUGUGACACCUGUUCAGGAAUCGCCACCGAAACCCGCGACACCUCCUGCUGCACCACCCCCAAAACCUGCAACUCCUCCGCCACCAUCACCACCACCACCUGCUGCGUCCCCAAAGCCUAUCGCGGUGCCUGUCCCGGAACCUCCUCCACCUCCUCCAAUUGUUACAGAACCCAUUAUUCAGCCUUCGCGACAUUUCCAUCCACCACCACCGCCACCACUGCCUGUUGAACGCGAAGCGGAUUCACGUCCGACCAAACGUGUUAAACGUACCAGGAAGAUCAAGUCUGCAGCCACUGUAUCUGAUGAUCUAUCUUCACCUACCCUCGACGUGGAUAAGGAGCUGCCUCCAACGGGGACUGAGGGCGAUUCUUUCCGUAAAAAAGAUAAAGUUGCAGCUCCGAACCAGUGGUCGGAGGAAGAUAAAAAUCAAUUCCUCUCUCUCUUGGCACAAUAUGGUGAUGAUUUCAAGCGCAUCGCAGCUUCAAUGCCGAAUAAGACGACGAUUCAAGUCAGCAACUAUUACAAGAUCAAUGCAGUAGCAUUAGACCUUCAAAAGGUCGCUGCUAGAGCGCCCAAACGAUCACCCACACCCGAACAUCAUGAAGUGUGGAAAGAACUUCCCCAUUAUCCCGGUUCGGGUGUCAUUCAUCAUGUUACGACGAUGAAGCCGGUUUCAUCUAGCGUUCUGUUGUCGGCCACACCUCCAAUGUCAUCUUUGUCGGGUGAUCCUAACCGAAGCAGCUCUUCUAGCUAUGCGCGAGAUCCUGCGCGUCCGGGUUCGCCUCCUAGGAGUGCGUACCCUGCUAUGUCUUCGGCGCAUCCGUAUUCGGAUGCCCACCGUACUGCCUAUCCUGGGCCAACUGCAACUACAUAUCCAUACCCAACAGACCACCGAGGUGUGUAUAUAUCCAGUAGGCCUCCGGACAGUACCUUCCGAGGCACCUCUAGCACUUCUUCGCCUACUCUUUCACGGUCGCCAUAUACAACGACCUACCCAGCAUCGACAUCUUCGGCAUCUACUACGGUUACCACCAGUAGACCAGGAUAUCCGGCAACGACGUCUGUUGGACCAGCCCCACCGUCUAUUAUACAUUCACCGACUGGUAUGAGCCCGCCAAAGCCGUUACCAGUACAGCCUAUGCAGUCAUAUCCCGCGCAUCAAAGCGAUCCAGCGCAUCGUGCGCCGUAUCUGACCUAUCCGCAGCCGACUCAUACGAGUGGGUAUUGGACGACGCAGCCAUAUUAUUUGGACCCUCGGGCGUCAGGCGCUGCGGAUGCGAGUGGGAGGAGGGAACAUCCGUAUGCAAUGUAUCCGGCGAUGAGCGGACCUCCUGCGUCGGGAUCGAGGCCGCCCCACGGGUACCCAAUGACAACGCCACCCGGACAACCGCCUGCCCCUGGAGGCAGGACUGCGUAUUAUUAUCCUGGUACAGGAUGGACAUCAUCAGGAUGA